AUGGAUCCUCGUAAUGUCCGGCUAGGUGCUACCACUGAUGGAUUUAAUCCUUUUAGUAACAUGAGUACUUCGUAUAGCAUGUGGCCAGUGAUGUUAGUGCCUUAUAACCUGCCACCUUGGAAGUGCAUGAAAGAGACUUUUUCGAUGAUGUCACUAUUAAUACCAGGCCCAACGGCACCUGGAAAAGACAUUGAUGUGUACUUACGGCCUAUGAUUAAUGAAUUGAAAGAUCUAUGGACAAAUGGUGUCACCACUUAUGAAAUCUCUAAAAAGGAGAGGUUUACAAUGCAUGCAGCAGUGUUGUGGACAAUACAUGACUUUCCAGCAUAUGGAACACUUUCUGGAUGGAGUACCAAAGGAUACAAAGCAUGUCCGACUUGUAAUGAAGACACUUCUUCCCAAGCUUUAAGAAGUAAGAUUUGUUACAUGGGACAUCGUCGAUAUUUAUCCAUAAAUCAUGCAUGGAGAAAUAAUCGACAAUAUGAUGGAAAGCCUGAACGAAGGUUAGUUCCAAGGCAGUUUUCAGGAGCUGAAAUAUUACAACAGUUAGAUAGGACAAUUGAGAGCAGAUCGGGGAAACAUCCUAACAAUGUGGAUAAAAAGAGAAAACGUGCUGCCUGUAAGUCGAAGGAUACUGACAAGGCACGUAUGGAUUUAAAGGAUCUGAAUAUUCGAAAAGAAUUGCAUUUACAAGAAACUGGAGGUAAAAAUGUGAACAUUAAGGAUGGUAAGAUAUCAGGUUUGAAAACUCAUGAUAGUCAUGUUCUUUUUCAACAACUUUUUCCCGUGGGUAUAAGACCUUACAUUAAGAAAGAGGUUUGUGGAACAAUUAUUGAAAUAUGCAUGUUCUUCCAAAAACUUUGUGCACGAACUCUAUCUGUUUCAGACUUGGAUAUGUUACAAAAGGGGAUAAUACUUACAUUGUGUAAAUUGGAAAGAAUAUUCCCUCCAGCCUUUUUUGAUAUAAUGGUUCAUCUAGCAGUUCACCUACCAUAUGAGGCAAAAAUGGCAGGAUCAGUACAUACUCGUUGGAUGUAUCCUUUUGAAAGUCGGCCAGAACGUAAUAAAGAUGGUGAGAAUCAGAUUGCUUCGACUUUGUCAGUAUUCACUCAACCUGUGAACUUGUUGGGGAAACCUCAAUUUGUUGAACUGAAAGAUGAUGAUUAUAAAAAAGCUCAUUGUGAGCACACCAAACUAUUGCAAAACAGGAGUGUCACAAGUAUUCUGCAGGUACAAGAAAAGGAAUUUCCACAAUGGUUUGAACAAAGGAUAAAAUAUUUCAGUAGAUGUAAAUAUCCAAUGGUAACUGAUGAGUUGUACUCACUAGCAUGUGGUCUUGAUUAUGGAAUAAGAUCAUAUAGUGGAUGUGUAGUAAAUGGAGUUCGAUAUCGCACAAAAGUUCGUGAUGAUAGGCGUGUCACUCAAAAUUGUGGAAUUUGGGUUGUAGGUGAUCAUGAUGGUGAAUCUUGUGACUUUUAUGGGGUAAUAGAAGGCAUUCUUGUGUUAGACUAUAGGUCCAAACACUCUGUUGUACUUUUUAGAUGUGCAUGGUUUGACACAAAUGUGAAAAAGAAAAAGAUGAUCACAGAGUUUCAAAUCACAAGCAUUAAUGUCACUUCAUAUUGGUAUAAGAUCGACCCUUUUGUCCUUGCCUCACAAGCUAAACAAGUGUUUUACAUGGAUGAUUACAAGAUGGGUCAACAUUGGAAAGUGGUUCGAAAGGUGCAUCACCGUCAUCUGUGGGAUUUUCCAAACCGAUUAGAUGAAGGUGAUGAUCAUGGUGAUUCAUUUGAAGUUUAUGAGUUGGAUGCUUAUCACGAAAAUGAUUCAAUGGACAUUCAAAAUUUAUUUGAAUCAAUUGAUAUUGAACGUCUUAAUCGUGAAGAUAUUGACCCAAUAGAAAUUAAUUUGAAGAAUAGUGGCACAGAGAAUGAAGAUAAUGGGGAGUACAAUGAGGAAACCGACAAUGAUAGUGAAGAUGAGUUGUUAAGUAAUGGUGAAACCGGUGAGGAUACUGACUCAUUUGCAUAA